UGCCCAGUACAUUGUAUUGAGAAGAAACAAACCUUGUUGAUAUAAUGAGUACUUGCAAAUUGCUAUAUGUUAAUAACUAGGCACAGAUCUCCUUAUACAUAGAGUCACAGUCACAGAGAGAGAUACAAAAAACAGAGAGGAGACCUAUGCUCAGAUCUGAGAUCUCAAUGGACAUGAAGUCUUUGUUUAUACAUAGAAAUACAUCUAUAUAAGAAAGAGAGAGGCCUAUGCACAGAUCUCAAAUCACAAUGGAGUUAGAAGAAGUUCACGUGGUUUUGUUCCCAUACUUGUCCAAAGGGCACAUGAUCCCUAUGCUCCAAUUAGCUCGUCUCCUCCUAUCCCACUCCUACGCCGGAGACAUCUCCGUCACCGUCUUCACCACUCCUUUGAACCGUGCUUUCGUCGCUGACUCACUCUAUGGCACCAAAGCAACCAUCAUCGACGUCCCUUUCCCUGAUAACGUCCCGGAGAUCCCACCCGGCAUCGAGUGCACCGACAAACUCCCUGCUUUGUCCUCCCUCUUCGUUCCUUUCACAAGAGCCACCAAGUUAAUGCAGUCCGACUUUGAGCGAGAGCUCAUGUCACUGCCACGGGUCAGUUUCAUGGUCUCAGACGGUUUCUUGUGGUGGACGCAAGAGUCAGCUCGAAAGCUAGGAUUUCCUCGGAUUGUUUUCUUGGGUAUGAACUGCGCUUCCACCUCUAUAUCGGGCAGUGUAUUUCGAAACCAGCUUCUAUCUAAGGUUAAGUCCGAGACGGAGCCGGUUUCUGUACCGGAGUUUCCGUGGAUUAAGGUUAGAAAAUGUGAUUUCGUUAAAGAUAUGUUUUCUCCAAAACCCACCACAGAUCCUGGGUUCAAGUUAAUUCUAGAUCAAGUCACGUCUAUGAAUCAAAGUCAAGGUAUCAUAUUCAACACGUUCGACGACCUUGAGCCCGUGUUUCUAGAUUUCUACAAGCGUAAACGCGAGCUCAAGCCUUGGGCACUUGGACCGCUUUGUUAUGUAAAUAACUUUAUGGAGGAUGAAGUAGAAGAGAUGAAGGUAAAACCUGGUUGGAUGAAAUGGCUUGAUAAAAAGCGAGACAAGGGAUGCAAUGUUCUCUACGUGGCAUUCGGAUCACAAGCGGAGAUCUCGAGAGAACAGCUAGAGGAGAUUGCGUUAGGGUUAGAAGAAUCGCAGGUGAACUUCUUGUGGGUGGUCAAAGGAUAUGAGAUAGGAGAAAGGUUUGUAGAGAGAGUGGGAGAAAGAGGAAUGAUGGUGAGAGAUGAAUGGGUUGAUCAGAGAAAGAUAUUAGAGCACGAGUGUGUUAGAGGGUUCUUGAGCCAUUGUGGGUGGAAUUCUCUGAUGGAGAGCAUUUGCUCCAAGGUUCCAAUCUUGGCGUUUCCUUUAGCGGCGGAGCAACCUCUGAAUGCGAUUUUGGUGGUUGAAGAGCUGAGAGUGGCGGAGAGAGUGGUGACGGAGAGUGAAGGGGUGGUGAGAAGAGAAGAGAUUGCACAGAAAGUGAAGGAGUUGAUGGAGGGAGAGAAAGGUAAAGAGCUGAGGAAGAAUGUCGAAGCAUAUGGUAUGGUGGCGAAGAAGGCUUUGGAGGAAGGUAUCGGUUCGUCUUGGAAGAAUUUAGACAACCUUAUCAACGAGUUUUGUAACAAUGGAACGUGAUAGUGCUGUCAACUCUAUAUCAAAUCUUUCCUUAUGAUCGUUGAGACUUGAGCGUGGUGCUAUUAGAAAUAAUGUAUUUGAGCCAGAAUUUGGAAUCCUGUAAACCAUAUAUAUUUGAGCCUUAAUUUGGAAACCUGUAUAAUGUUAAAAGAACAAGAGAUCAGUACAUACAUAGAACGAGAGUAAUGGUUUGCAUCAAGGUUCCUUCAUAGAACGAGAGUAAUGGUUUUCAAUAGGGUUCCUUAUCUGGCUGAAAAACUCCAUAUAGAUUUUCUAAUUUAAGGAGUUUCUAGUGUGUCGCAAAGCAUGGAACUCCAAGAUCCACCUGACGAUGCAAAUGCAAUGAAGUGUAAGAAUUGUUGCAUCUCUCUCAGCUCAUGAGCAUGGCAUAGAAAGUGUCGAAUUGUUUUAUAAAAAGAUCUGAUUCAUAAAGUGUGUACCAUACUCACUGGUUAUACAUACUACACUGGACAGUCUGGACUCAGACAAGGCUCCCAACGAGGCAACGACCGACUCUGUU